AAGCAUUUAUUCCACUGGGAUAGAAGCKGCAGGAGCAGCGUUGGCACCGGCGAACCAUGGCUGGGAUUUUCUAUUUCGUCCUCUUUUCGUUUCUCUUUGGGAUUUGCGACGCUGUCACCGGUUCCAGGGUAUACCCGGCGAAUGAAGUUACUUUAUUGGAUUCCAGAUCCGUUCAGGGAGAACUUGGGUGGAUAGCAAGCCCUCUGGAAGGAGGGUGGGAGGAAGUGAGUAUCAUGGAUGAAAAGAAUACACCCAUCCGGACCUACCAGGUGUGCAACGUGAUGGAGCCCAGCCAGAACAACUGGCUGCGAACUGACUGGAUCACGCGGGAAGGGGCUCAGAGGGUGUACAUCGAGAUCAAAUUCACCCUGAGGGACUGCAACAGUCUCCCGGGYGUCAUGGGGACUUGCAAGGAGACCUUUAAUCUGUACUACUAUGAGUCAGACAACGAUAAGGAGCGUUUCAUCAGGGAGAGCCAAUUUGCCAAGAUUGACACCAUCGCUGCGGAUGAGAGCUUCACCCAAGUGGACAUAGGUGACAGAAUCAUGAAGCUGAACACCGAGAUCCGGGAUGUAGGACCACUGAGCAAAAAGGGGUUUUACCUGGCUUUUCAGGACGUGGGGGCCUGCAUUGCUCUGGUGUCCGUCCGAGUGUUCUAUAAGAAGUGUCCACUCACAGUUCGCAACCUGGCGCAGUUUCCAGACACCAUCACAGGGGCUGAUACCUCUUCCCUGGUGGAAGUUCGGGGCUCCUGUGUCAACAACUCAGAAGAGAAGGAUGUGCCAAAAAUGUACUGUGGGGCAGAUGGUGAAUGGCUGGUACCCAUUGGCAACUGCCUGUGUAAUGCUGGGCACGAAGAGCAAAAUGGAGAAUGCCAAGCUUGCAAAAUUGGAUAUUACAAGGCUCUCUCCACGGAUGCCACCUGUGCCAAGUGUCCACCCCACAGCUACUCUGUCUGGGAAGGCGCCACCUCGUGCACCUGUGACCGAGAUUUUUUCCGAGCUGACAAUGAUGCUGCCUCUAUGCCCUGCACCCGCCCACCAUCUGCUCCACUCAACUUGAUUUCCAAUGUCAACGAGACAUCCGUGAACUUGGAGUGGAGCAGUCCUCAGAACACAGGUGGUCGUCAGGACAUUUCUUACAAUGUCGUCUGUAAGAAGUGUGGAGCCGGUGACCCCAGCAAGUGCCGACCCUGCGGGAGUGGGGUCCACUACACCCCACAGCAGAAUGGCCUGAAGACCACCAAAGUCUCAAUCACCGACCUCCUGGCACAUACCAAUUACACGUUUGAAAUCUGGGCAGUGAAUGGUGUGUCCAAGUAUAACCCUAGCCCAGACCAAUCAGUUUCCGUCACCGUGACAACCAACCAAGCAGCACCAUCAUCCAUUGCUUUGGUCCAGGCUAAAGAAGUUACAAGAUACAGCGUGGCGCUGGCUUGGUUAGAACCAGAUCGGCCCAAUGGGGUAAUCCUGGAAUAUGAAGUCAAAUACUAUGAGAAGGAUCAGAACGAACGGAGUUAUCGUAUAGUCCGGACGGCUGCCAGGAACACGGACAUCAAAGGCCUGAACCCCCUGACUUCCUAUGUCUUCCAUGUGCGGGCCAGGACGGCGGCUGGCUAUGGGGACUUCAGUGAGCCCUUGGAGGUCACAACCAACACAGUGCCUUCCCGGAUCAUUGGUGAUGGAGCCAACUCCACUGUCCUGCUGGUGUCCGUCUCCGGCAGUGUGGUGCUGGUGGUCAUUCUCAUUGCAGCUUUUGUCAUCAGUAGGAGACGGAGUAAAUACAGCAAAGCAAAACAAGAAGCGGAUGAAGAAAAACAUUUGAACCAAGGUGUUAGGACUUACGUGGAUCCCUUUACCUAUGAAGACCCCAACCAGGCAGUUCGAGAAUUUGCCAAAGAAAUUGAYGCAUCCUGCAUUAAGAUUGAAAAAGUUAUAGGAGUUGGUGAGUUCGGUGAAGUCUGCAGUGGACGUCUCAAAGUGCCUGGCAAGAGGGAGAUCUGUGUGGCCAUCAAGACGCUGAAAGCUGGGUAUACAGACAAACAGAGGAGAGACUUCCUCAGCGAGGCCAGCAUCAUGGGACAAUUUGACCACCCAAACAUAAUUCACCUGGAAGGCGUCGUCACCAAAUGUAAACCAGUAAUGAUCAUAACAGAGUACAUGGAGAACGGUUCCUUGGAUGCAUUCCUCAGGAAGAAUGAUGGCAGAUUCACAGUCAUCCAGUUGGUGGGCAUGCUGCGUGGCAUUGGGUCCGGAAUGAAGUAUUUAUCUGACAUGAGCUAUGUGCAUCGUGACCUGGCUGCACGGAACAUCCUGGUAAACAGCAACUUGGUCUGCAAAGUGUCUGAUUUUGGCAUGUCCAGAGUGCUUGAGGACGAUCCAGAAGCAGCUUAUACUACUAGGGGUGGCAAGAUUCCUAUCCGGUGGACCGCGCCAGAAGCAAUUGCCUAUCGUAAAUUCACAUCAGCAAGUGAUGUAUGGAGCUACGGAAUCGUUAUGUGGGAAGUGAUGUCGUAUGGGGAGAGACCCUACUGGGACAUGUCCAAUCAAGACGUGAUUAAAGCCAUCGAGGAAGGCUAUCGGCUACCUCCGCCAAUGGACUGUCCCAUUGCCCUCCACCAGCUGAUGCUGGACUGCUGGCAGAAGGAGAGAAGCGACAGGCCUAAAUUUGGGCAGAUUGUCAACAUGUUGGAUAAACUCAUCCGCAAUCCCAACAGCUUGAAGAGGACAGGGACAGAAAGCUCCAGGCCUAACACUGCUCUGCUGGAUCCCAGCUCCCCUGAAUUCUCUGCUGUAGUAUCUGUGGGCGAUUGGCUCCAGGCCAUUAAAAUGGACCGGUAUAAGGAUAACUUCACAGCUGCUGGUUACACCACCCUAGAGGCUGUGGUGCACAUGAACCAGGAYGACCUGGCAAGGAUUGGCAUCACGGCCAUCACACACCAGAACAAGAUUCUGAGCAGUGUCCAGGCCAUGCGAACCCAAAUGCAGCAGAUGCACGGCAGGAUGGUCCCUGUCUGAGCCAGUACUGAAUAAACUCAAAACUCUUGAAAUUAGUUUACCUCAUCCAUGCACUUUAAUUGAAGAACUGCACUUUUUUUACUUCGUCUUCGCCCUCUGAAAUUAAAAGGAAAAAUUUAUCUGCAGCGUCGCUCGGUGUACAGAUUGCUGAAACUGUGGGCCUUGCAGAAAUGACAGCCGGUCACUGGAAUCAGACCUGGAACAAAUUGUUUCUCACCAGUACUUAAGUCCAUCACCAGUCUGUAAAAUACGUGUACCUAUAUAAAUAGAUCUCUGCCUCUGAGUUUUGAUGCUGUACUUGCUGCCAGACCCUGCGCUGCUCUGAGAUGUCCUUGACCCUCCCUCCAUUUGGAAUUACAACUGCAGUAUUUUGUUUGUGGCAUAAUUGACACUCGUUUUGCUCAACUGGAAUUAUGACCAUGCCCAGGAACAUUUUUUUAAAGGACUCAGUUGUAGCAUUUAAAGCUUUCUUCAAAUCACGGGAAAAGACCUGGGUGAA